AGCAAUUAGAAAGUAAGAAAAUAUUUAACCGAGAAGAAAUAGAAAACCACCUUAUCGAAAAAUUAGGAGAACCGAACAACGAACUCCAACACAACCUACUUUUUGAACUAGUAAAAAAAAUUAGUGCUUAUUAUGCUCCCGAAACCAAACAAUCGAACACGACUUAUUCUUGCCUGGGUUUGGUUUCGGAAAUAGUAGAAAAGAGAUUUAAAGAAGGCAAAAGGAGAGGGCAAGUAUUUUACACGCUCAAACUAGGAGAACCCAAGGGAGAGAAGUUCCGAGCCUUACAAGAAGAUUUACCCCCUGCCAAAUGA